AUGGGCAAAUUGAAACAGUUGCACAUUUUAAGCAACUUUGUCGUGGGCAAGCACGAAGAGAAUGGAAUCCAAGACUUAGGAGGGCUUUUAAAUCUCCAAGGAUCAUUUGAGAUUCAGAAGUUGGAGAAUGUUAAUGAUGUCAAUCAGGCAAGGAGUGCAAGGAUAAUAGAUAAGAAGCACAUUGACGAGUUAUUGUUGGAAUGGUCUUCAGGCGAUGAUAUGGUUUCAGACACACAAACUGAAAGAGGUAUACUCCACGCGUUGCAACCGCACACUGGCUUGAAAGUGUUGAGAAUCUAUGGAUACAAAGGUAACAUAUUUCCAGACUGGAUUGGGCAUUCCUUCUACAAAAACAUGACUCGUGUAUAUCUUUUGAAUUGCAAAAAUUGCUGCAUGCUGCCUUCACUUGGACAACUGCCAUCUCUUAAGUCCCUGCGCAUUGAAGGUUUUGGUCAGAUCAACUGUAUUGGUGAUGAGUUUUACAAGAAUGAAGACAAUCAUUCUUUGCAUAUUGCUCCUUUUCCCUCACUGGAGAUAUUGGAAUUUCAUGAUAUGGCAUGUUGGGAGGGGUGGCACUUACCUGACUCACAAGCUUUUCCUCAGCUCAAGCGGCUUGGAAUAUCAGAUUGUCAAAUGUUAAAGGGAGAUAUGCUUAAUCACGUAUUAAUGAGAAUCAUUUCUUCCUCAUUAGAUGUUUCGAAAGUUCGUAAACUAAAAAUGCAAGGAGAUAAUGAUGGAUGGGGCAAAGAUAUGUCACUUAAUGGGAAUAGUUUAUCAAUUAGGGGAUUUGAAUCUGUGGUGGAGUAUGCAUUGAAGGCAAUGAUCAUGCACCAUCUAACUUCAGGUUGUUCAUCUGCUAUAUACUUGCAAGGCAAUUAUUUACCCAAAUCUUUGCAAAAACUCACAAUCAGGCAUUGCAGAAAAAUGGAAUUACUCCAGCAACAACACGAGUAUGACUUGGUAGAGUUACAAAUAGAAUACAGUUGCGACUCACUGACCUCGUUGUCAUUGGAUGCCUUUCCCAAUCUCAAGAAUCUAGAUGUAUCAUGGUGUAAGAAUCUGGAAUCAGUUUCAAAGUCAGAGCCACCACACACUGUCCUUCAACGUCUCAGUGUUAGCUUCUGCAACAAGUUAGAGGCAUUGCCACAUGACAUGAGUACUCUUUUCCCCAAUUUACAGUCUCUUGACAUACAAGGUUGCCCAAACAUUUGUAGGUUGCCAGGGAGAGGUUUAAAGCCUAACUUGAACUCACUUACUGUGGGAGGUUGUGAGAAACAGUUGAGCAGUCUAUGGUUGAUGAGCAACUUGAGCGCCCUCACUCAUCUUACCAUUAAUGGUUCUGAUUGUGAUAGUGUGAAGUCAUUUCCAGAUUGGGGUUCGCUGCCUCGCCUUCCAUCCCUUACCACUCUACAUAUCAGUAAGUUUCAUAAUCUGGAGACAUUGGAGUGCAACCAGCUUCUCCACCUCACCUCCCUCCAAUGUUUACACAUUCAACAGUGUUAUAAGCUGAAGAAUAUGGCGGUAGAAAAGCUGCCUUCCUCUCUCUUUCAACUUCAAAUUGUAGACUGUCCUUUGCUGGGAGGAUUAUGCAAGAACAAGCAUCAAUGA